UUACAAUAAUUUAUAAUUCAGAAAUAAAAUUAUGCUAUUUGAAGGAUGUGUACUGUAAAAUUUUCGGUAUGACAUAUUACUAUAUUAGUAGUGAAAACAAAAGGAAAAUCGGUGAUAUUGAAAUGAAACCUACAAGAAUAAGACAGUUGUGGAAUACUAACAAACAAAAACCUUCGGAAAACUAAUUAUUAACCAGAUCACCAUGUCUCAUGAAACCAACCUCCUCAUGAGUUCUUUUAUUCUUCUCCUCCUUCUCCAAUUUUGCACGGCCAGAGACACCAUAACAACAAUCCAAUCUCUCAAGGAUGGUCAAUUCUUAGUCUCCGACAACGAGACCUUCGCACUCGGGUUCUUCAGCCCUGGCAAGUCCACCAACCGGUACCUUGGAAUAUGGUACAACAAUGUUUCAGAACAAACUGUGGUGUGGGUUGCAAACAGAGACAAGCCAAUCAAUGACACAUCAGGAGUUCUCUCCUUCGACAACACCGGAAACCUCGUCAUUCACGGUCCGAAUAAGAAAAUCCCGGUCUGGUCGACCAAUGUGUCGGCCUCGGGGAAUGUCUUUUCAGCUCAAUUGUUGAAUUCAGGGAAUUUGGUGGUGUUUCAAGGUGAUAGUAAGGGGGCUGUCGUGUGGCAGAGUUUUGAUUAUCCUACCGACACCAUGCUUCCUUUAAUGAAACUUGGGGUGGACCGGAGAACCCAACUGAACAGGUUUCUGACAUCUUGGAAGUCACGUGAUGAUCCGGGAAUCGGAGAGUACUCGUUCAAAAUAGACCUUAUUGGGUAUCCGGAGUUUUUUUUGUAUAAGGGUUUGGUCCAGUUAUGGAGAACCGGACCGUGGAAUGGGGUUAGAUGGAGUGGGGUACCAGAGAUGGCACCCAAUGUUAUCCUCGAUUUCAGCUUCGUCGACAAUCAAAACGAGGUUUCCAUGUCAGACGUCAUCCAUGAUGCUUCGAUUUUCUCAAGAAUGGUUGUGAGUGAAUCGGGGACAAUAGAGAGGCAGAUAUGGCAUGGGGACCACCAACAAUGGAUUGGGGUCUGGUCGGCCCCCAAGGAUCAAUGCGACUACUACAGUCAUUGUGGUGCAAAUGGCAACUGUGACUCGUCUGUGAAUGCUACGGCGUUCGAGUGCAGGUGUCUACCAGGGUUCGAGCCCAAGUUGGCACGUGACUGGUACUUAAGGGACGGGUCAAGCGGAUGCAAAAGAAAACGUAGAGGAGGCACGUGUCAAAAUCAAGAGGGUUUUAUCAAAAUGGCACGUGCUAAGUUACCAUACACUUUGACAGCACUUUUCAAUAAAACUAUUGGAUUAAAAGAAUGUGAAUCAGAGUGCUUGAAGAGCUGUUCAUGCCAAGGGUAUAGCAGUGCAGAGAUCUCACUUGGGGGGAUUGAGAGUGGAUGUGUGACGUGGCAUGGGGACUUGAUGGACACAAGAGAGUUUUCAAGUGGAGGCCAAGAUUUAUACAUACGCGUUGAUGCUGUCGAAUUAGCCCAAUAUUUGAAGUCACAACAAUCUCAUGCCAAGAAGGGCGUGGUGGUGGCAAUUGUAGUGUCCUCUGUUGCAGCUUUGUUUUUUGUAAUCUGGCUACUUUCUUGGUUGGUGAUGAGGAAGAGAAAAGUAAAAAGACGACAGAACAACUUGUUAUUUAGUUCCAACAGCUCAACAUCCUUUAAAACCAUCCAAACGGGAAAUCAAUUUGAUGAAAGUGAAACAAAUGCCGAAUUACCACUUUUUGCUCUAACCACCAUUGUUGCCGCCACUGAAAAUUUUUCUUCCUCGAACAAGCUCGGUCAAGGUGGCUUUGGAACAGUGUAUAAGGGUCGGUUACAUAAUGGACAAGAAAUAGCGGUCAAAAGGCUAGCAAAAAAUUCGGGCCAAGGGGUGAAGGAAUUCAAAAAUGAAGUUACACUUAUUGCUAGACUCCAACAUAGAAAUCUAGUGAGACUAUUGGGAUGUUGCAUUCAACAAGACGAGAAAAUGUUGAUCUAUGAAUACCUGCCAAACAAAAGCUUAGACUCUUUCAUCUUUGAUAAAACAAAAGGCUCAUCUCUAGAGUGGAGAAAGCGCUUCGAGAUCAUUUUGGGAAUUGCUCGUGGGAUGGUAUACCUUCACCAAGACUCUAGACUAAGAAUAAUCCAUAGGGACCUAAAAGCAAGUAAUGUUUUACUCGAUGCUUCAAUGAACCCCAAAAUAUCAGACUUUGGUAUGGCUAAAAUAUUUGGAGCGAACCAGAUUGAAGCUAACACAAAUAGGGUGGUUGGAACAUAUGGUUAUAUGUCACCAGAGUAUGCAAUGGAAGGGCUUUUUUCUAUAAAAUCAGAUGUAUUUAGCUUUGGAGUUUUAUUAUUAGAGAUCAUUAGUGGCAGAAAAAACAACAGUUAUAAUCAAGACAAUUUUGUGAAUUUGAUUGGACAUGUUUGGAACUUAUGGGGAGAAGAAAAAGCCCUGGAUAUAGUUGAUUCAUCGUUAGCCAAGUCGUGUUCAAGUCAAGAAGUUUUGAGAUGCAUUCACAUCGGUCUCUUGUGCAUGCAAGAAUUUAGCACUGAUCGACCAACUAUGUCAGAUGUUGCUUUCAUGUUGUGUAACGAAACAACCUUGCCUCCUUCUAAACAACCGGCAUUCGUCUUUAACAAACCUGGCGGUCCACACUCGUUUGUAGCAAAUGGUGGAGCUCCAUCUAUAAAUGAUAUUACACUUACUACGAUUCAAGCUCGAUGAAUGCUCUCACUGUACACUAAUAUUUUGCACUUAAUACAUAGUAUUCUUGCUUCCUCUUGCAACAUAAUUAAAUGUAUCUAACUUAUGCAUGCUAUCAUCAGUUUUUCAAAGUAAUUGUAAUUAUUUUAGUAGUUACACCAUUUGUUUUCUCUUGGAGGCCACAGAUAAUAUUUA